AUGGGCGACUACGAGAGAAGGCGCCACGGCGGCGGCGGCGGCGGCGGAGGCGGAGGAUACAACAACAGGAAGAGAAGGUAUCGAGCGCAAGCUCACCAACCGUCUCUGGCGGCAACAGAUGACGACGACAAUGAUCACCGACAGUCGCGACGAAGAAUCGACACUGCGCCUCUACCCGUAAGGGUUCGCAGACAGCUCCUCUCUCUUGCCGAAUCCCCUCUCCGCCGAUGGCACGAGGAGGUCCAGGGUAUCGCCCACGUCGUUGCCGACAACGCAGAGGACACUGAGCUUCGUGAAAGCUUCAUCGGUCUCGUCCUGCAGCUCGCGUUGGAGCAGCCACUCAAGACGCCUUUUGUUGCUGGCGUAAUUCUCCUGGUGAACACGCUCAAGCCUGAGAUUGUAGACGAGAUCCUUGCGAAGCUGAGCGCCGCGACGCAGGAGAAGAUUCAAUCCGGUGAAUGGAGGGACGUGAAGCUCUAUCUAAAGUUGUUGGCUUGCUUGCAGAGCUCCCUGGAUGGCGAGGGAAUAUUCCCCGUCCUCGAGGAGUUGUUCGGCCGGGCUGUCGACUUGCAGACCGCAAGCUCCGAUGACGUAGGCGCCACCCUAGACUCCGUUCUGACGCUGCUCGAGACAGCUAACAUGGUGUAG